GGGGGGAAGGGGGAAGAAAUUGGCGGGAGUAGGUUUCCUUCAUCCUUAGGGCGAUUUCAUCUGUGAAUUUGAAUUUGUUCUUCAGAUAGAGAUCGGAAAGAUGUACGCAAGCCAGUUCGACGGCGCCGCCGCCUUCUCGGGCGGUGGUUUUAUGCCGUCUCAGGCUACUCAGACUGCAGACCCUUCACCCUCUGUGUUUAGUAAGAAUCGCGAUACACAGACGCUGGUUCCCUUGACUGUGAAGCAAAUUAGCAAAGCGUUGUUGUCAAACGACGAUAAAGUGAAUUUUCUCAUCGAUGGCGUUGAUGUGAACAAUGUUAAGUUGGUGGGGAUGAUAUUCAACAAGGCUGAGAGGGUUACUGAUAUUUCUUUUGUGCUUGAUGAUGGCACUGGUCGUAUUGACUGCAACAGAUGGGUACAUGAACCGGUAGACACAAAGGAGAUGGAAGCGAUGGUGGAUGGAAUGUAUGUUCGAGUUCAUGGCCAACUGAAAGGCUUUCAAGGGAAAAAGCAGUUAGUGGUUUUUGGUAUCAAGCCCCUGACUGAUUUUGAUGAGAUCACACAUCACUUUGUUGAAUGUAUAUAUGUCCACUCUUACAACACAAAGUUAACGAAGCUACAACCCAGUAGCAGUAAUCAAGCUCAUAUGCCAAGUUCAGCUGUUAGCACACAAUCAUACCAAACUGCCCCAUCAAAUCAAUUCACUGGUCAGUAUGUUGCUGACGGACUGAGGGGUAUUGAUAAAAUGGUCUUGGAUUAUUUGCAGCUGCCUGGUAGUUUAGCAAGGGAAUCAGGGGUACAUCAAGAAGAGCUUGUUAAACAACUGGGGAUCCCAUUGGACAAGAUAUUGGUGGCGCUUAACGGUCUGGUAGACGAGGGGCUGGUUUACUCAUCAAUCGACGAUUGUCACUUCAAGUCCACUGGCAAUGCCUGAGUUUCUAUGACUGUUUUCGUGGUUUUCGUAGUAUUUGUUUCUAAAGUUUUCGAGGUUGUGUGCAGAUGCCUGCUUUUUUUAAACUGUUGGGCUUAAUUUGCUACAUCUUUUGAAUCUAAAGUAUUGUUCUUCAAAGGAAAAGUUGAUCAUCU